GCUGGAGAGAGGCAGCACGCCCUUCAAAUUGCAUGGUUGCAACUUUCUCUGAGUCUCCUUCGUCCCUCCCUGUCCCUUCUUCCAACGCCUGCUCCUCUUCAAGCACUAGUACACCAUGACUAGUGCUGUAGUAGAGCGGAGGGCAGCAGCAAAGCAGAGAGAGAAAGGGAAAUAGAAGACCUUCCGCAAGAGAGAGAGAGAGGACUGAAGGGCAAGUGAAUGGCAGACGAAUCGCAUGUGGAGGCAGCCGAUCGAUCGGACUACAGUUCUGUUUGUGCGCGUGCUCAAAUUCAGACUCUUUAUGACGAGGAGCUACUUUUGGUCCUCUCGCUGAGUAAAGGAUGAGUCGGUGCUGAGACAGUGCGCAGUCGUCGAACCCCCACAACUGAGAUUUACAUAUGAAACACUACGACCAGUACCCAAGACCAGAGACUUUCAUACCGCUGACUACUCCUGCUUCUUUCUUGUAUUUCUAGCCUUGAGGAGAAUGCAUUCGCUUCACCGACAAGGAAAGGCGAGCGAGACUUGGAGGAGCACGACGCGGUGAAGAGAGAACAGUCGGCUAUGAAUUGGGUUGCGACAUAUGUGACAUCAGGUUCCGGUUAAUGAGCAGAGCAGAAGAGCGACUGACGAUUGGCGAGUUCCAUGUAUUAGCCUCUGCUGCUGAAUGCUUUCCGGGAUCGAUUGAUGAACGGAAGUGGAACGAGGCGGAACACUGAGAGGAAGAAGAGGAGGACGAAUUUGAGAGUGUUCGGUCAGAAAGGCAGGAAAUGAGCUUCUAGAUUGUCAUGUUCGAAUGAGUUAGAACUGUACAUUCGCCUCGAACAGAGAAUUUGAACAAACUUACAUACGUGUUGUCACUGCUCGAAGGCUGGGAGCUAUGAAAAGCCGGAAUCUGUAAGGGAAGCCAUCUCAGCUGCAGUCCGCCUGCAUUGCCAAGCCUUGGAGCGUACUCUCAUGUCACGGCGUCGUUGGAGGUCGUGUUGUCGCUCAGAGCGGAUGUAAUGUGGAAGAAUCAGAAGUCAGAGUCUGGAAGCUUUGCACCCAGCGGAAGAAGACGCACAAGCUCGAGCUGCAGUGCGAUGGUAGAGCACACUGGUGGGCUGAGAGCGAAUGGAUUGUUGAGGUGAUCGCUCGUUGGACGGCCAGAGAAACUCGGGGUCGGCGUGGUUCGAGAAAUUGGAGAAUCACUCGUCGUAGAAAUGGUAGAGACCGAUGCUCGAACGUAUCCUUUGUACAGCGAAUCGAAGGGAGCUGAUCUGUGCCACACAUGCCCGAGUUUUCGAGCUUCGUACGUCUGUGGAUUCCCCAUCCACAAGGACCCCGAUGGGCUCGAUGGAGUUCUGGAAGGAAUAAUCAGGGGCCCCGUUCUGAGACUGGCCCGUGCUCUGGGGACGUUCCGCCACCUCAUUGCGUGCUCGAGGCCGCGCAUCCACCGGAGCCCCGACGUGGAAGAGACCACUAUGCUCACAAUUCCAGGAAGCCCCGAGGAGAAGGCCGUGGACCGAGUGGGGAUCAAAGAAGCGAAGAAGCAGGCCACGGCCGAAGGCAUGCGCAUGAAAUUGGAGCUCCAGGCCGUCCUCCGGCACCUCGAGGUCAGGUGGCAGUUGUUCAACGAAGCUAUGACCAAGUGGUGUGAUCUCGAAGCCAUGCUCGCCAUAUGUACAGAGAACGUGACUUGGAGCGGGGCGAGCGGAAUCGUCAUCAGCGGAAAGAACUCACCGCUGCUUUCGCAGGACCUUCGCUCACUUCUGGAACGCAAGUUAUCAUUGGAUGUGGUUAUCGACAGAAUAACCCGACUGUCUCCGAUGAUUUGUCCAGAUCUGAGUGUGGACAAGGACGGCAACUACGUCAGUCUUGAGGACACGGACUUGAAAAAUGCUGCAGCCUCUCUAGACGUGCUUCUGGGCAUGCGCAGGACAGACGUUUAUAGUGAAGAUCAGUGGUACAGGGACGUAGGGCCGUACAUGGUGCUCGAAAAGGACCGAUACACCCUCCGAGACAUGAAGGGAAACCUCGUAGAGGAAGGGACGAGAACCGUGCUGUGGAAGCAGCACAAUUCCACUUGGUAUAUUCGAGCGUGCAUGAUUUGUCCAUCUGGCGAAAACACAUCAACCAUCAAACUGUAAACUACAGAUAGGAAUUUUUUUUACUACGUGCUUCCCGAGGACGACACUCACUGACGAACCCCUAAACCUACUUCCCAUCCGGCAAUUCAUUGAUCAAUUGUAAAAAUCCAGAUAGUUUCAGGUCGGUGCUUCGGUACAAAGACUCGAUGACCGAGUCGGUUGUUUUUAUCUAAGCUGAGUAGCAGAAAAAGUCCUGCACGUUCAGUUUUGCCCCCGUCCUCCCCUUAGUGUAAAUAGCCAGUCGGUCUCCUUUGAGGUAAGUACUGGAAAAUCUUAAAAUCACCAUAUUAAUGGAGGAAGUCAGUCUCUUAUUGGCCCUCAAACUUAUCGACAGGUCUGGGUACAGCACUCUAAUUCGCUGCGAGCCCUUUCUGUCUUCUCAUUCAUGUCAAACACAACUACUAUAUCUGGACUUUUGUAAGAACCCUUCAAUCCUCUGAGGUUGAAGUUCAAUGAAAUGUAAAUGUGCAAUCGUAACCACUUCGUCUGUCAA